CUGUCGUGUCCAGCCUGGCACGUCCCCAUCUCAUCCUCUCUCUCUCUCUUCCCCACCUCUUUAUCUCCCCAAAAAACCACAAAAGGACAACCUCGCUCGCUUAUUUCCCAUAAUACCCUCCUCCAUCUUUCUCUCUCACUUGCUCACUCCCUCCAUCAACACCAAUCAACCACCUCCAUCAAUAUCCCCUUUCUCGAUUCCUCCUCCUCCGACCACCACCGCCGCCGCCAUGCCUCCGCCUCCGCCUCCGCCUCCGCCGCCUCCCCUUCACCUCCAUUUCCUCCCCAUUCUCUUCUCGUCUCUCCUCCUCCUCAUCUCCGCCGUCGUCGCCGACCUCCCGCAGUUCCGUGAAGCCCCCGCCUUCCGUAACGGCAGAGACUGCCCCGCGACGGCGUGGCCGGAUCACCCCCGGCAGGGCGGCGCCGACGACGACACCAUCCACAUCGCGAUGACCCUCGACACCACCUACCUCCGGGGCUCCGUCGCCGGCGUCUUCUCCGUCCUCCAGCACGCCUCCUGCCCCGAGAACAUCGUCUUCCACUUCGUCGCCGCCUCCCGCCGCCGCCCCGACCUCCGCCGCACCGUCGCCUCCAUUCCCUACCUCACCUUCCGCCUCUACCACUUCAACGCCGACCUCGUCCGCGGCAAGAUCACCUACUCCAUCCGCCGCGCCCUGGACCAGCCCCUCAACUACGCCCGGAUGUACCUCGCGGACCUCCUCCCCACCUCCGUCCGCCGCAUCAUCUACUUCGACUCCGACCUCAUCGUCGUGGACGACGUCGCCAAGCUCUGGUCCAUCGACCUCCGCGACCGCGUCCUCGGGGCCCCCGAGUACUGCCACGCCAACUUCACCGCCUACUUCUCCCCGGGGUUCUGGUCCAGCCCGGCCCACGCGGCGGCGCUCCGGGGGCGGAGGCCGUGCUACUUCAACACGGGCGUGAUGGUGAUCGACCUGUGGAGAUGGCGGGAGGGCCGGUACACGGAGAGGCUGGAGGGGUGGAUGAAGAUCCAGAAGAGGGAGAGGAUCUACGAGCUGGGGUCGCUGCCGCCGUUCCUGCUGGUGUUCGCCGGCGAGGUGGAGGGGGUGGAGCACCGGUGGAACCAGCACGGGCUGGGAGGGGACAAUGUGAGGGGCCAGUGCCGGAACCUGCACCCGGGGCCGGUGAGCCUCCUCCACUGGAGCGGCAAGGGGAAGCCGUGGCUGCGGCUCGACUCGCGGCGGCCGUGCCCGCUGGACUCCCUGUGGGCGCCGUACGACCUGCUGCGCCACCCCUCGCUGUUCUGCGACAGCUGAGCACGGCGGAAGGGGGAAGGGGGGGUUCGACGGAGCGACGGGAGGAGCGGGACGGCGACGGCGACGGCGACGGCGGGGGCGAAAUCGUAAUUAAUGGGCCGGGGAGUGGAGUGGGAAUUGGGGAGUGCGAAUGGGGACAAGAGAGCGUCACCGUCAGGCGUAAAAGCUGCGAGAAUUACGGUCAUUGAAAGGUCGAUUUUUCAGCGGGCUGCCUUGGAUUCUCUUUCUCUAACGAAGGUGAAGGUAAAGGGGGAAAAAUAAAAAAAGGAGAGGGCGUGAUGAUUUUCGUCCCGUCGAAUUUUGGAAAAAGAAAAGUAAAUACGAAUAAAGCCGAGAUAGAAAAGACGGGGCCAUUUAUUUUCGGGGGUAUUAUUAAAUAACCCCGGGGGUGGCUAUUUUAUUUUGUAUUAUUUAGGGUAGGGAAUCGGAGGAUACGACGUCGCUUUCGGCGCAGUCCAUCGUCAUCGUCGCGGGGGUUGCUCUCUCUUUUCUCGUGUCGCGGGGGGAGGUAAUGGUCUGUUUCCACUUUUCCAACUUUUUUUUUUUUUUUUUUUUUGGGGGUUCAUUUUUCAUUUCAGCUUUUGACGAUAUUUCGUUGAAAGCGUUGUAUAUAGUUUUGGGUAUCGUGCAUCAUCAUGGAAUGGCUGUAUGGUGAAUCUGUUUCCGGACCAGGAGUGAAUUGUGAUUAUUUAUGAUGGUGUUGAAUGAUAUUUUAUUCUUUCUUA